AUGGGUGAGGUUCUGGAAAAGACUGUAAAGCAACCCAGUGAUGCCAAUGCAUACCGACGCCUGCGCACGUUUUCAGCCAUAGUUCCUACCCCCCCAGGAGAGGAGAAUAUGGAAACCUGGAUUGAACAAGCAAGGCUUAUGAUAACGGAGUGUGAGUGCUCUGAAAAGAAAAAACGACGACACUUAAUUGUAGAAAGCCUGAAGGGACCUGCUCUGGAGAUCAUAAGAGCUGUCCGGUUUUCAGAUCCUGAGGCGAGUGCCCUGCAGUACUUGGAAGCAUUAGAGAGCACAUUCGGCACCUCCGAGUCUGGUGAGGACUUGUAUUUCAAGUUUCGUCUCAUGCGUCAGAACACUGGAGAGACCCUCUCUGAAUUCCUGCGAAGGAUAGAAAAGAUGCUCAACAAAGUUGUAGAACGUGAUGGAUUAACUCCAGGACUAGUGGAUAAAGCACGAAUUGAACAGUUAGUUCGAGGGGCCGUGAAUUCCGACAUGAUGUUGCUCCAGCUACGGCUAAGAGAAAGAAAAAAUCACCCACCUUCUUUUCUUAGUCUACUGAAGGAGAUACGGGAGGCAGAGGAGAGUGAGGCAUCUCGCCACAGGAUGUCUGUUAAAGCCAAAGCUAUACAUUUUCAUGAAGAAGAGAGAACCAGCACCUCUGUCAUCCAAGAACUCAAGGCUGAGAUUCAAGAGUUAAGAACACAAAUAUGUGGAGGUGAGUCCAAAACAGUGUCUACUUCAUCCCUUGUAAUUAAACCAAAAGAAAAACAGAUAAAGAAUGAAACAACUGACAAUGCUGAAGUCCAAGAGUUAAGAAAACAGAUCGAAAAUUUGCAGCAGCAGUUGACCAUUAUGAGUGUUAGCUCUACUCACCUCUCACAUCAAGUUCCCGAGAGGCAGCCAAAACCUUCCACUUCGUACAUGUCCCUGAAAGGCAAAGUAACAAGAACAAGAGAUGAUUAUUUCUGCUACAGAUCAAAGAGUGAGAAGUAUGAGACUAGCGACAACAGCAGAAAAGCCCAGAACCAAGCCUGUUUCUCCAAAAAGAGUCAGACAGACAUCAGUGAGUCCAGCAGUCUUCCCAAAGGCCUAGUUGGACCGGCAUCUACUGUGGAAGUGAAGCUUAAUGGACAUGUAUGUCAAGCCCUGUUAGAUACCGGAUCACAGGUGACGAUCGUGUUUGACAGCUGGUUUUCCAGGAAUCUCGCUGAUGUGCCCAUUCACCCCCUGACUGGAUUGUCAAUAUGGGGCCUCAGCUCAUCCAAUUACCCAUACAAGGGGUAUAUAGUUGUCGAUGUCACUUUCCCUGUUUCUGUAACUGGAGUGGAAGAGUCACUGUCCAUUCUGGCCCUCGUAUGCCCUGAUCCUCAAGGUCCUCCCCAAGUGCCAGUUAUAAUUGGUACUAAUGCCAGUUUCUUCAAACGUCUCACAGCUUUCAGUCAUGAUACUGAAGGAUCUAGUGCUGCACAUGUUUUGAGAAUCCAAAGCAAACACCCUGCAAUCCAUCUGACUCGGAAGCAAGAGACGAAAACUCCUCUUGACAAGCCCGAAGGAAAGGUUUGUUGGACAGGACCUGGUAACUGUGUAGUUCCAUCACGGGAGAAGUAUGUGCUCUCUGUAAAAUGGUGA